AUGAAGAUGCUAACGAAGUUCGAGUCAAAGUCCACCAGAGCCAAAGGUUUGGCGUUUCACCCUUCGAGACCAUGGGUGCUGGUGGCGCUUUUCUCAUCGUCAAUUCAACUGUGGGACUACCGGAUGGGAACUUUGCUGCACAAAUUCGAGGACCACGAGGGACCUGUUAGAGGCAUCGAUUUCCAUCCAACUCAGCCGCUGUUUGCGUCCGCCGGUGAUGAUUACACUAUCAAGGUAUGGUCGCUAGACACUAAGAAGUGUCUGUUUACACUAAACGGGCAUCUGGACUACGUUCGGACCGUUUUUUUCCACCGCGAACUGCCAUGGAUCAUCUCUGCUUCAGAUGACAACACCAUUCGUAUUUGGAACUGGCAAAACCGUAAAGAGAUCGCGUGCUUGGCAGGCCACAGCCACUUUGUCAUGUGUGCAGAUUUCCACCCAACAGAGGAUCUAGUUGUAUCGGCGUCGCUUGACGAAACCGUCAGAGUUUGGGAUAUUUCCGGUCUGCGCAAGAGACACUCUGCCCCAGGCUCUUUCUCACUUGAAGAGCAGAUGAUGGCACAGCAGAAUCUGCUCGAGGGAGGCUUUGGCGACUGUGUGGUUAAGUUCAUUCUCGAAGGUCAUUCUCGGGGUGUCAAUUGGGCCAGUUUCCAUCCAACGCUACCGCUUAUUGUUUCUGGUGGUGAUGAUCGUCAAGUGAAGCUAUGGAGGAUGAGCUCUACGAAGGCUUGGGAGGUUGAUACCUGCAGAGGCCAUACCAAUAACGUAGACAGUGUCAUAUUCCAUCCCCAUCAAAACCUCAUUAUUUCGGUUGGAGAAGACAAGACUAUUCGCGUCUGGGAUCUCGACAAGAGAACCCCAGUCAAACAAUUCAAGAGAGAAAACGAUAGAUUUUGGCUUGCAAGAGCACAUCCAAAUAUUAAUCUUUUCGGUGCGGCUCAUGACUCAGGUAUUAUGGUUUUUAAAUUGGACCGUGAACGGCCGUGCAGUUUUCUCAACCAAAACCAAUUGAUUUUCGUUAACAAGGAAAAGCAAGUACAAACAUUUGAUUACCACAAGAAGGUUGCGUCAUUACCGUAUGUGUCAUUAAAAAAGAUUGGACACACUUGGAAUGCCUUCAAAAGUAUAUCUUACAAUCCAUCUCAACACUCCCUCUUGGUUAAUUGUGCUGACAACCAAAGUGAUAGAUUUGCGCUGUGUCCAUUACCAAAGCAACCUACCGGCGCUAUUGAGCCAACUGCAGUUUUAGAAGACUCUGGCUCUUUUGCCACCUUUGUUGCUCGGAACAGAUUUGUGGUUUACAACAGCUCCAGUCUCGCUUUGGAGGUGCGUGGGUUGGAUAAUAAAGUCACAAAAUCUAUCAAGAUCGAAAAUGACAGUACUGUCAAGGAUAUUGUCUAUGGUGGCCCUGGCUCUGUUUUGAUUUUAAAAACCAAAACAGUGGUUCUCUUCGACGUUCAGCAAGCUAGAAAAAUGGCGGAAGUUCCUUUAAAAAAUGUCAAGUACGUGAGCUGGUCCUUGGAUGGCCAGUACAUCGCGUUGAUGAGCAAACACACAAUCACUAUUGUUAAUAAGAAUUUAGAAGUGGUGACCUCAAUGCAUGAAACGAUCAGAAUCAAAAGUGCGGCAUGGGACGAAAGUGGCGUCCUGAUCUACUCUACUCUGAACCACAUCAAGUACACUCUCCUCAAUGGAGAUAACGGCAUCAUCAAGACUUUGGAAAACACUCUUUACAUUAACAAAGUCCACGGUAAGUUUGUGUACGCUCUCAACCGUGAGGGUGAAGUGGAGAUUGUGACCAUCGACCCUACCGAAUACCGGUUUAAGAGGGCAUUGGUAAACAAAAACUUCCCAGAGGUUUUACGUAUUAUCCAAAACUCUAAUCUGGUUGGGCAAAACAUCAUCUCGUAUUUACAAAAGUCCGGAUUUCCGGACAUUGCCCUUCAAUUCGUACAAGAUCCGCAGACGAGGUUCGAUCUUGCUCUUGAGCAUGGCGAUCUAAAGGUUGCUUUCGAAGAGGCUCAGAAGCUUGAUGGCGCUGCUGUUUGGGAGCAACUAGGCAAAGCUGCAGUUCAACAAGGAAAUAUUGAUCUGGUAGAAUUAGUCUAUCAAACCCAGAAGAAUUUCGACAAAUUAUCAUUCUUGUACUUAAUCAGUGGGGAUUUGUCAAAAUUAUCCAAGAUGGAGUCCAUUGCUGAACAUAGAGGAGAUAUCUCAAGUUUGAUUCUGAAUACUAUCUACAACAAUUCUGCCGAAAAGAGAGGUAAGAUCUUUGCUCAAGGUGGAUCUCUUCCAUUAGCUUACGCUAUCGCCAAAUCAAACAACCAAGAGAGUAGGGCAGCUGAAAUUUUGGACGAAGCUGGUAUUAAUGAAGAGGAUGUAUCUCUGCCAAGCGAUUUAUCUUUGUCAACGCAUUACAAAGCUCCUUUAGUUUCCGAGCCAAUAAAACAAUGGCCUCUGGAGGAAGCCGAGCCAUCUUUCUUCGAGAAAGCUCUCUCAGGAGGUAUGGAGAAUAUUGCCAUCGAAGAUGCAGUUGAAGACCCAGAACCACAUUCGGCUUCGAAUAUUAUGGACUCCGAGCAAACCGCAUUCUCGGGUGACGAAGAACUUCUUGACGAUGAUGGGGGCUGGGACAUGGAUGAAGAGGACUUAGGACUCGAAGAUGAUGCUCCUGAGGCGCAUUUGAGCGACGAAGUUGUCUCCAAACCUGUUACUGACGACAGCGAAGUCACACAAUGGACUAAGAACUCUAAACUGCCUUACGUUUUGAUUGCCUCGGGUGCGUUUGAGGCUGCUGCCCAAGCUUUGAAUAAGCAGGCAGGUUUGGUGAACUUUGAGCCCUUGAGGCCUCGCUUCCACGAAAUAUAUGAAAGCUGUAGAACCUAUAUGGCUGCUACACCCACAGAGUUGCCUAGCAUUACCGGCUUGAUUCGCGCUGAUGCUGAGGAGGAAGAGCGUGGAAAGCUUUUACCAUUCGUUGCGGGCAUCGAUGUGGUCACGAGUAAGGUGAACGAGGGUUUCAGACUUUUCAAAGCCAACAAGCUGGAACUUGCUGUUGAGGCUUUUCGUGACGUAAUUUACACCAUCACUUUACUUGCCGUGGACAACGAAGAAGAUGAAACACUUGCUCGCAAGUCUUUGGUCAAAGCUCGUGAAUACAUUCUUGGUAUCUUGAUCGAACUAACCAGAAGAUCUUUGCCUUCCGACGAUGUUAAACGCAAUCUCGAAUUGGCUUCGUAUUUUACCACUGCCAAGCUGCUACCGCCACACAGGAGUACUGCUCUUCAAGUGGCAAUGUCCCAGUCUUUCAAACAUAAAAAUUUCAUCCAGGCCUCCUAUUUUGCCGGCGAAUUCCUCAAAAUUGUGACAACAGGACCCCGUGCUGACCAGGCUCAAAAGGUCAAGGAUAGGGCCGACCUAAUGGCAAGCGACGCGAUAGAGGUUGAUUUCGAUCCCUUUGCUGAGUUCAGCAUUUGUGCUUCAAGCUAUACACCAAUCUAUAAGGACACUCCUGCAGUAACAGAUCCUCUAACGGGCACCAAGUAUCAUUCCUCCGAAAAAGGCAAACUCGAUGCAAUUGCAGCGGUAUCCAAAAUAGGUAGUCCAGCGUCAGGCCUCAGAAUUUUACUCUGA